ACUAGCUACAAACAAAUGGAGGCGGCAAGUACUUGCUGUUCCUAUCCCAUCUAUGGAGGCCAAGCAAGUCCUAGCAUCUAUGGGAGCCCAAGCAGUACAAGCAGAGAGGAGGGGACGGGAGCUAUACCUGAGGCCGACGACGAAUCCGGCAGGGAGGUGGACGAAUCCGGCAGGGCUGUGGACGAAUCCGGCAGGGAGGUGGACGAAUCCGGCAGGGAGGAGGGAGCAGCGGCGAGCUAGCACGGCGGGGAUCCCUCCGCGGCGGACGACGAGGCCGGGAGAAGCAGAGAGGAGGGGACGGGAGGCCGGCGGCGGAGUUCGUGCUGUCGGCGACGGGAGGACUGCGUGCCACUUCGAGGACGGCGGGGACGGGAGGAUGGCGACGGAGGGAGAAGGUCUUCGCCGCCAGGAGGUGCGCCGCUCGCCGGCGGGAGGAGUAGACGAGGCGGCGGCGGCGGGAGGAGGAACCCUAGGAGGAUGCGUCGGGCGCGUGGUGUUCGUGGAAGGGACUGGUGGGGUGGAGGCAGGGAGCGGUGGGAAAAAUUCGAGUGGCAUUCGGUUGUAAUUUCCUUAGAACGAAAUGUCCCUUAUACAAAACGGU